AUGGCCGAGACCGACCCUAUGAACGUGCAGGACCUCACCUCGGCGGUGGAGACGCUGCUGCAGCAGAUGCAGGACAAGUUCCAGACCAUGUCCGACCAGAUCAUCGGAAGGAUUGAUGACAUGAGCAGUCGCAUCGAUGACCUGGAGAAGAACAUCGCGGACCUCAUGACCCAGGCUGGAGUGGAAGAACUGGAAGGUGAAAAUAAGGUCCCUGCCACCCAGAAGAGCUGA